GUUUUCCAGGCAUAAGUGUGAGGGGCGAAGAAAAACAACGCAAAUUUUUUACCUGAAAAAUAAAUAAAAACAAUCACAGUUUGUAUUUGCUUUUAUCGCUCUGCAGAUCUUUUACUAUUGCCAAUGAGCUAGUAUUCAUCAAUCAAAUAUACAAACAGCGAUAUAUAAUAAUGUAGCAGCUGCUAUUGCAAUUGGUUUUUGGAGUAAUACAAAAUUUGCUGCUGUUGCUGCUGCUAGCGAGCGCCCGUUGCUGCAGGGAGCUGCAGCCACCGUCGCCGCGUCAACAACCAACUGCAGCGGCAUCCACACACACACACACACAGGCGCACAGACAGAGAGAGAUACAUAUACACAUAGAGCGCCUCGCAGAACUCAUUGUUCUGUGACUGUGACAUCGUUUAUACAGACGUCGCCUCACCCGCUGCUCGUUGCGCGCUGCCCGUUGCCCGCUGCCCGCCGUCAGUGGCCCGGCUCUUCAGUCAGCUAUAGCUGUAUCUAAAAAUGGAGUGGACCAGAGAGAAGACAUUGCUGCUGAUCAGCGAGUACCGACAGCGACGCGGACUGUGGGACAUGACAUGCGACGAGUAUCGCAAGAAGGAUGUCAAACAGCGUCUACUAAACGAAGUUAGCGAAGUUCUCGGCGGUAACAUACCCAUACCAGAGUUGGAGAAAAAGUUCCAUACACUCCGCACACAAUAUCAUCGCGAGAUUAAUCGCAUGAAACGCAAGGAGCCGUACAAUUCAAAGUGGUUUGGCUUUAAGAAUCUCGUCUUUCUUAGCUCCCCGUUUGCGUGUCGCUCCACCAAAGGCCGUUCCAAAGACAAGGACGACGCAACAGUACAAAAAUAUAUAUUGGGUGACGUGAAUGCCGCUGGCACUACGGAAGGCAACAAUAUGAACGACGAGUAUAUAGUAACGCCGCGCAAAUCGCACGCGAGCAGCCGAGCACAAGAGCUGGAGAAGCUGAUCGAGGAGACGACCAAAGAUAUAGAGGAUACUGAGGACGAGGAGCCCGGUGUGGAAGAGGAUGUGGAUACCAAACCCAAGCUAAACAAAGAGCUCAGUGGCACGUACGUGCACAUCAACGAAGAUGAGAGCGAGGCGGUCGAGACACAUACACACCAGCAGCAACAGCACACCCAUGCCCACACCCAUUCCCUACCCCAUGCACAUCCGCACCCACAUCCACAUCAUCAUCAACAGCAAUCCUUGAUGGAGUUGCAUCACUCUGCAAAUGCAGUGGAAUCAGUCAGCUUUCAGGCCAACGAAAGUGGCGAGCUCCACUACCAGUCGACAUCCUCGACGCCCAACGCUGGUGGUGGAGGUCCUAGCUCCUCGGUACAUGUGAUGCCAACACGUAUCAUCAAAAUACAGCGGCGCGACACGUCCAACCAGGAGAAUGGGUAUUUCGAGGAGCAGCAGACGCAGCAUCAGCUGCAUCCGCCGCCGCCCAAGCGGCUCUACUUCGAUCCGAAUGGCACGCACAGCACCACAAUUCUAUCCGCAUCCACGCUGCAGACGGCUUCGCAGAACGUCAACGGUAACGGCAAUGGCAAUGGUGGCAAUGUGUUGACCGCAACCUCCAGCUCCGGGCUAACUGCUGGCACACUGCGCCUGCCACGCGUCAAUGCCAUAGUGAAUGCCACUUCGCUGUCACCACCAAAGCCAGCCAGCUCUCCAAUACCUCAGCCGCAGUUGGCUGGGGCUAGUUCACUGCAACGGGACGAAUUCGCCACGUACGGCGAAUACGUGGCCAAUGAGAUGCGUGCCAUUACCAACAGGGAGGUCUUGAUCGCACUCAAGCACAAAAUAAAUACAGCCAUAUUUGAGGCGAAUAUGGCAGAGUUGCAAAAAUAAAAGUGUCAGCCAUAUUUGAGAAGAAUAUGGCUCUAGUUGCAGCUGAGCGAUACCGACGGCCAUACUUGAGGCGAAGUUGC